GUAGUUAUGCAGAUAGAAAAAAAAACAGUUGGAUAAUUUUGAUUAUAAUAAUACUAAAUAAAUAGGUUAUGUUCAUGUGUACAUUUUAACGUUAGUAUAAUUAAUUAAUUUUUUGUAGCUUUGGUUGGUCUGUAAUAUUUUGCCAUUGAAAUCUGGUCAGAAUGGAAAAUGUAGCAAUUUCUACUUUUAAAGGUCUACUUCAGAUCAACAGAGGAGCUCUUAGAAUAACAGUUAGGAAUUCCUCUCGAGUAAACGUACAAAAGCCUAGGCCUCCUCAUUACAACAGAGCUAAAAUUGAGCACCUUACAAGGCCAAAGUACUUUGAAAGAGGUGAACGAGAUGCAUGGUUCAUACCUUCAGUUUCACAGUGCAUAAAAGAGAAGGAAGAAGAAUUGAAGAGAUCGCGUAAAGAAGAGGAUAACCCGUAUGAACGUCUCUUGGCUAAGGAUUUAAGAAAUUGGUUUUUAAAUUCAAAACUGAUUGCAUUUUUUCACUGCAAUCCAAUUAGAUUUGAUGACAGAUUUGAGGCUGAAGUGAAGUUGAGAAAAGAGGGGAUGUACCUUAAAAAGUUUGGCAGACAUACAGUGAAUAUGGCAUUGGAGGGAACUCCGUACAUUUCUGUGAUGCCUCUGUUCAUAACUCACACAGAAAUGGUGUUCUGUAGUGAGCCUAAAGUGAGUGAACUGUUGAAGGUGGCCGGGAAGUUGCGUCAGCACGUUCUUCUCGCCGCAGUGGUGGAGGAGGACCGACUAAUGAGUGUGAGCCAACUACGAGCGCUGAGCGAUGUGAAGGACCUAACUACUGCCAGAGCUCGGCUAGUGGGCGUUCUGAACACAGCACAGUCGCAGCUAGUCAGCGGACUCACCUACCAUCAGACCAGCAUCGCUGAAGGCCUCAGACAGUACGCAGAAAAGCCACCGGACAGCGCAGAGAGCUCUGAGACUCAGUCUUCAUGAAGUGGGCCGAUUGAAAACCACUGAAACCCCUUUUUGUAUUAUCAGUAGUUAAUAAGUUGAUGAAGUUCGGAAAUGUAAAUAUAUAAUCAUAAUUGCCACUGUGUUUGAAGAGAUUUUAUUUUACAACAAUUUAACCAUAAAUGCAUUUUUUAUGAUUUAGCUGUGUGACUUGAAAAUUUUGGAAUCAUUCCUGGUCGUAAUGUGAAAAUUCUAAUAUAAAUUGGUUAUUCAUCCAAAAACUUCCACAAUUUUGUGAUAUCAUUUAUGAAAUUUUUACUAUUGCCAUAUCCGGCUUCAUCAAUUCUAUUUGUUGUAUUAUAAUGCUGCUGUAGCAUUACUUUUUGUAAAUAAUGAAAAUUAAAGAUAAAUUCACUUCA